UCUCAAUAGAAGUACGGCCAUUGUCGCGCAUGGGACAGUGCGUCGCAUGCUUGUAAAGGGAAUCACAAUGACUGACACCAAGACCUGGAUCAUUUGGGGCGCACCCAAUUCUGUCGUAAAGUCUACUAUACCUGGUUAAAAGUAUAAUCAGAUAAUCUGGCGUGAGUGUAGAUAAUGGAGGUCUACUAUGAGAAGUUCACUCCUUAUUGUCGGCCACUGUGAACCUUGCCUACCGAGUAUUGCUACUCGUUUCUAUCUAUCCAUUCUCUUGUUCACGCGACUGGGCAGUAUCGUAGAGAAGAGACUCGGACUCGGAGGUUCAACCCCCGGCCAAUCAGAAGCCGCUUAUUUUAGUACUCACGUGCGUCCCCACUUUGCGACCAUCCCACUUUGGUACAGUGCAGUCGAUCGAUCGCGCAACAGUCAUUGAGACCUGCCGAGGCGCAUUGCACCUUCGUCGAACGUCACCAUGCCUCCUAAGCGGACGUGGUCGCAAGCCAAUGAAGGUCUGGAUGCCUCCCCGACGACGCGACCCAGGCUGUCCGAGCCCAGUGUUGACGCGUCAGGCUUUACGCCUAGCAUAUCGCGGAAAGUCAAGGCUUGCGCUGCCUGCAGAAAGCAAAAGAUAAAAUGCAUUAUGAAAGAUGGACCACCUUGUCAAAGAUGCGCUGAGCGCAACCUGUCCUGCGUUUUGAACAAGAGCCUACAAACACUGAUCGAAGAGCGCUCACAAUGGAAAAGCACUGUGAUUCAGGACCUGGAUCGAAUGCAUUCGGCCUUGCAACAGGUUCUUGGCAAGCUGAACCUUCCAACACUUCCACCACUCUCAACAGACUCUCCUGAUCUGAACGAAGCCUCGCCACAUGACUACGCAAUAGACAAAGAAGAAGCCGGGCCAUCCUGUGACAAUUCCCCUCGACUGUCUCCUCGGCAAGAUGCCGUGCCUCAUGUUCCUAUUGAAUCACUAUACCAGAUCACCAGGCUACGUGCACUCCGUUCAGAUGAUACAGAGGAGACGAGGCCACCACCGUCGAACAGUCCAAACCAACCCUUCGUCGACUUCAUAGCCAACGGACUAGUCAGCAUUGAUGAUGCCAAACGCUUGGUGGACUUCUACCUGAAUAGGAUCGACCAUUUCAUGUACAAAAUCGGCCGCGGGCGAUAUCGAGACUUCGAGACUUUGCGUCGUGGUUCGCCCCUCUUGACAGCAUGUAUAUGCACAGUGGCAGCGUUGCAUGACCCAAUGAGCAACCAUCUAUACGGAGUGUGUAAACGCGAAUUCCAGCGUCUGAUGGCCGCGUCAAUGUUUGACAGAAGGGUAGACCGAGACCACCUGCGAGCCAUGUGUAUAGGCGCAUAUUGGUUGCAUGAUGUAUCCUGGACGCUUUCUGGCUAUGCUAUCCGACGCGCGACUGAAGCGAACCUGAGCGCCAACUACCAUCGAUUACUGUCCAAAGGUGGAGAAGAGGCACUGGAUAGCAUGCGAAUAUGGUAUGUUCUCUAUAUUUGCGACCAUCAUCUCUCGAUCUUGUAUGGGAGACCCUCUAUCGUCCGGGAGGACAUUACGAUAUCCGGCUGGGAAAAGCUGAUGAAGGUGCCCGGAUUCGCAGAAUCUGAUAAGCGCCUAGUAAGCCAGAUGGCAUUGUUAACGAUGAUGAGCAACGUUCGCGAACUGUUCGGUCCCGAUACUGGUGAGCCUGUGCCGCAAGCUUUUGCACCACAACUCGUAAACUAUAGUCGACAGAUCGAUCAAUGGAUGGGCUAUUGGACGACCGAGCUUCUCAAACUCCAUCAGCAAAUUGGAGAAUUUCCAACGAAAGGAGUCAUUUUGCAUCACCACCUCGCAAAGCUACACUUGCAUUCACACGUCUUUCGCGGACUUAAAGGCGGUUCUGUACCGCCCCAUUUCCAAGAUAGCGCAGCAGCAGCCGUAUCUGCUGCCACAUCGACAGUCGAGAUGCUUCUCUCUGACUACGAUAUCCGGGAAGGUCUAGUCGGUAUACCUCACUAUCUGCACUCCAUGAUCGCAUUUGCGUGCGUGUUCCUCCUUAAAGUUGCUUCGCAACACAGUGGCCAGUAUAUCGACGAUGCCGUCGUAUAUGAUCUUACAACCAAAGCGGCACAGCAGUUCAGAGCCACUUCUGUGGGAAAGUGGCACCUGGUCCAUAUGAUGGCAGAGGGGUUAGAGAAGUUGGUCGCAUCGAGGACUACCAAUUCAGUGACGAGUUCUCAUCAACAGCCUCUUCCCACGACAAGUCAAGCCGGUAUCGAACUCAACCACUCCCCACAUUUGGCAUCGAUGACAGCGUCGAACGGAUAUUACGAGGGCGACCCGUUGCAUAAUGGUUUUGACGAUGAUUUCGGCUUGGGUACUUCAAAUUUCUUGAGUAUUCAGCCUGGAGAACUGGAUUUCAAUUUCCCUGGUUUCGGCCUAUGAAGACGAUGUUGACGAUAACUUUCGACGAUUUUUGGAGCCUUCAAGCAAUGCUGAUACGAGUUUUCGUGGUUACCCCGGUUAAGUGAUGUAGGACCCGGAGACUUGACUCAGUGAUACAAAGGCCGGCAUCGAUUACUACUGGAUUGAUA